CGGGCCCUAGUAGCUGGCUCUCGUGCGGGGCCCACAGCCGAGCGCCGAGAGCGAGCCGGCCGGCUGACAGCGUCCGGGGCCGGGCCUGCGGUGGCGGCGGGCGACCAGGACAGCGCCCGGGCGAGGACUGAACCGGCUCGAGAACCGGGGCCGGGGGCGCCCGGAGGACGGUGCUGCUCCACUGGGCUCCCGGGGUCACCGCGCCCAAGCUGCCGGGCGCCCCGUGGGCGUGUGAAUCGUUGGCGGGGGCCCUGGCGCGGCGGUAGUGCUACGGGGUGGAGUCUUUCCUCGCCCCUUCCCCAAAGCCCACCGCGCUCUCCCCGUCUUCUCUCCGUUCCUUGAAGAGUGGAAUUCUAAUGAAUCAUUGAUUGACCAGCACCAUUUUACCAGUUGGAAUGAGUUAUCAGAAAUGGGCAUAGUGCUUUUAGACCCAACACGUAACAGAUGGCGAUUACUUCUUGAAGCCAACACCUUUUUUGAUUGUGUAGGAUUUUUGUCUCUUCAUCUUUGAAUUCCAGUUUCUGCUGUUGGCAAAUAAAAGGAGUUCAUGUAGUUUUUGCCCAAGCUUGAGUCACCAUGAGUAGUAGUUUAGGAAAAGAAAAAGACUCUAAAGAGAAAGAUCCCAAAGCACCAUCAGCCAAGGAAAGAGAAAAGGAGGCAAAAGCCUCUGGAGGUUUUGGGAAAGAGAGCAAAGAAAAAGAACCUAAGACCAAAGGGAAAGAUGCCAAAGAUGGAAAGAAGGACUCCAGUGCUGCCCAACCAGGGGUGGCUUUUUCAGUUGAUAAUACGAUCAAACGGCCAAAUCCAGCACCUGGGACUAGAAAGAAAUCUAGCAAUGCAGAGGUGAUUAAAGAGCUCAACAAAUGCCGGGAAGAGAACUCAAUGCGUUUGGACUUAUCCAAGAGGUCUAUACACAUAUUGCCAUCAUCAAUCAAAGAGUUGACUCAAUUAACAGAACUUUAUUUAUAUAGCAACAAAUUACAGUCCCUCCCAGCAGAAGUGGGCUGUCUAGUAAAUCUCAUGACACUUGCUCUAAGUGAAAAUUCACUUACCAGUUUGCCUGACUCUCUUGAUAACUUGAAGAAGCUGCGGAUGCUUGAUUUACGGCAUAAUAAACUGAGAGAAAUUCCUUCAGUGGUGUAUAGGCUGGAUUCUCUUACCACUCUUUACCUUCGCUUUAAUCGAAUAACUACUGUGGAAAAAGACAUCAAAAACCUGUCAAAACUCAGCAUGCUUAGCAUUCGAGAGAACAAAAUCAAACAACUACCUGCUGAAAUUGGUGAAUUAUGUAACCUCAUUACGCUGGAUGUAGCUCACAAUCAACUUGAACACCUUCCAAAGGAGAUUGGAAACUGCACACAGAUAACCAACCUUGACUUGCAGCACAAUGAAUUGCUAGACCUCCCAGAUACUAUAGGAAACCUGUCCAGUUUAAGUCGUCUUGGUCUGAGAUAUAACAGACUGUCAGCAAUACCCAGAUCAUUGGCAAAAUGCAGUGCACUUGAAGAAUUAAAUUUAGAGAACAAUAACAUUUCUACUUUACCAGAGAGUCUUUUAUCAAGUCUUGUGAAACUGAAUAGUUUGACCUUAGCUAGAAACUGCUUCCAGUUAUAUCCAGUAGGUGGUCCAUCUCAGUUUUCCACCAUCUAUUCCCUCAACAUGGAACACAAUCGAAUCAACAAAAUCCCAUUCGGAAUUUUCUCCAGAGCAAAAGUAUUAAGUAAGCUGAAUAUGAAGGACAAUCAGUUGACAUCACUUCCCUUGGAUUUUGGAACUUGGACCAGUAUGGUAGAAUUGAAUUUAGCUACAAAUCAGCUCACGAAGAUCCCUGAGGAUGUGUCUGGUCUUGUUUCUCUUGAGGUUCUGAUAUUAUCAAACAAUCUUCUAAAGAAGCUUCCCCAUGGUCUUGGAAACCUUAGGAAGUUAAGAGAGUUGGAUUUAGAGGAGAACAAAUUAGAAUCCUUGCCAAAUGAAAUUGCUUAUCUUAAGGAUUUACAGAAAUUAGUCUUGACAAACAACCAAUUAACCACUCUUCCGAGAGGCAUUGGUCACCUUACCAAUCUUACACAUCUAGGCCUUGGAGAGAACCUACUUACUCAUCUUCCUGAGGAAAUUGGUACACUGGAGAAUCUAGAAGAGCUGUAUUUGAAUGACAACCCCAACCUGCAUAGCCUUCCCUUUGAGCUGGCUCUUUGCAGCAAGCUUUCAAUCAUGAGUAUUGAGAACUGUCCACUCAGCCAUCUUCCACCUCAGAUUGUUGCUGGGGGUCCUUCUUUCAUCAUUCAGUUCCUAAAGAUGCAGGGUCCAUAUCGUGCCAUGGUCUGAUACAAAUCUGCUGGUCCCACACACUGUUCGAAAAUAGACUGCCGUUAAUGUUUCAUAUCUAUAUCUGUAUCUAUUUAUGUAGAUAUUGAUAUAUUUGGCAGAUUUAUAAAGACUGCGUUAUGUGUUUCUGCUAAUAGAGGAAUCAUAGCCAUUUAGAUUUUUUUAAAUUCUGUACAAAAGGCUUAUAUAAGUUUUCUUUGCUGAACUUGAUGGAUGUUUUCUGUUGUGUAAUAUGAUAUGCCAGUUUGCUUAAAACAUUUGCCAACAAAUUAUGAAGUUAUUAAAUUUAAGGGCCAGAGGUAGUAUAGUUAGAUAUACUUUCUCUUAGCAAAAAUACUGGGCAAACAAUUUUGUUGCAACUUUUCAUAUAUAUUUUCCCCUUACCAAUUGUCAGAUCUUUAUAGUAUUAUAGGCCCUGAAGGUAUAAUUUUUCUUUAACUUAUUUUGAAAUUUGAGAUUUGAAUUUUAUAUAUUGUUUACAGUCAGAGUAAAUCACUGGAUUUUUUUUUUUUUUGGUUUUGAUUUGCUCUGUUUUGAUCAGUGAAAUCUAGAGUUUAUAUCCUCUGCUAAAGAAUUUGCAUCAGCUGAUUUAAAUAUUAAACGAUAUUUGCUUGUUAAAACAACUGGCAAAGUGAAAAGAUACAGUCAGAAAUUCUAGAAUUCCUUUAAUUAUGUUUCUCUGAUCAAUUGUGAAGCAAAAUAUCUGAAGUGAGUCUUUGGGUUUGCGGGGAGGGUAUUGAGACCUUUUCUAGUAUAAAUAUCUUUUCUUAAGUUUGGGGGAACAGAAACUUGUAGUGUAAAGGAGUUUUCAUUCCUGAAAGUUGCAGAUCCACAAAAACUAACAGAAUAAUUUGGCAAAAAAAAAGACAAAGAUACACAUAAACACACAUUCUAUAUAUGUAUAUACAAUGCUAUAUAGAUAUGUAUUUAUUAUAUCAUAAACUACGAUAGGUAACUUUAAGGAUUUCUCCCUAGCCUUGUACAAUGAAAUGAAUGUUUUUCUUUGAACACUGCAAUAUAUGUAUGUUUCAAGGUUAUUUAACAGUGUACUAUGGUUUUAUAUCUUGACUUGCCUUGUACAUCUUUCAGUUCUGGAAUAUCUGCGUCUAAGCACAAUAUCUUCACACUGUGCUAUAUUGCUGCUGAACUAAAUGCACUUUUCCCCACAUGUGGAGUACUGGCUUCAGACAAUUCAGUUCAGUACCUUUGAUUUCAAUCUCAUCUUUCCUUUUUUGGUAGUUAAUACAGUUAUGGAAAAGAGCACAUUGCAUAGAAGCCAUUGAUAGUUCAGUGGAAGUUCUGUAAGAUAUGCAUGUGCUGUUUGGUAUAUUUUCUUUUGCUUUACUGCUUUUAAGGCUAGCAGUAUUGUGUGUGCCCCUUAUUACAGUAUGCUUACUUUUGAUAGUGUCAGUCUAGUCGAUUUAAUUUUUGAAGAGACAGAGCAAGUGCAUUCUAGAUAUCAUCCUAAAAAACACUUCCCAUAUAAUGAAUAACUAUUAUGUAUAAUUACAUAUUGCUGCUUGGUUUUCUUUUCUUUUUUUUUCCAUUUAGAUGGGCAUUGUAGUUUAAAUAAAACCAUUUUUGAAGUAAGGUUAUAACAUUAAGAUAGAAAUUUGGAGUGUUGUUUUGCUUUUCCUGGCACUCAAAAUCAGGACUAAGUUUGAGGUUCAACCUGUAGACGUAAUUGGCAAUUUUUAAAGGAGCAACUAAGAAAUGGAAGGCAGGUAAAGAUAUAAAACCGUAGAAUGCUUAAAUGUGCUGUAAAACUAUUGUAGAUGUCACUGGAUUUUACCAAGUAAUAUCCUUUCUUCUUUUUUUCCAUCUACUGUGGCUUUUCAGUUAAAGUUGUGUUUAUAAAAGGAAUUUGUUUAUUACAGCUCUACCUA